AUGCCCAACCCCCAGAACUAUCCCAUCCCGGACGGCCUCUACGCAAUCGACCCCUCACACCUCGACCUUCGCUCAGACGCUGAUAUAGACCACGCCCUGCUCAACCCGCAGCCCGUCACACACACCAAGAACAUAUGGUUCUUCUGGCACAGCGGUUUCGCGACCAUGCCUCCCCACCACAAACGCACUGUCCGCGCAUGGCAUCGCCGCUUCUCACGCGCCGGCUGGGUUGCGCGCGUCGUCGAUCUCGCCGAAGACUCCCCGACCCACGUGAAGCACUACCUCGACGUGACCGAUCCAGCGGUCUUCCCGCAGGCGUUCCGCGAGCGCACCCUCUCGGGGACGUACGCGAUCCAGCACAACUCCGACCUUGUGCGCUUUCCCCUGCUCGUCACGCAUGGCGGGGUCUACGCGGAUGUGGGGAUGAUGCAGAUCGGGGACCUAGACCGGCUGUGGAUGGAGACGAUCGGCAACGCGGAGUCUCCCUGGGAGGUUCUCUCGUACGACUUCGGCUCGGGCGCGCGCGGACUGACGAACUACUUCCUGGGAUCUCUGCCCGGGAACCCGUACUUCGAGCGCUGCCACCGGCUCCUCUUGAAGCUCUGGGAGGGGAGAACCGACACCGAGGGGCUGUACUGCCAUCCUCUGCUUGCGGGGGUACCCAUGCUCGGCGCCGACGGAAGUCUAAGCUUCGAAGAGAACGGGAUCACCUACGGCCCGGAGGAGUGCAGCAGGAUGCUGACGGACUACAUCAUCCAGGGCCAGGUGAUCACUGCAGUGCUCGGAUUAGUUGACGAGGCGGGGGGAUGGGACGGUCCCCGGUACGCGCAAGACCACGUGUACUGCAUCGACUUCAUGGUCGGCGCCCAGCUCAUCAAUCAAUACACCGCAUGGGACGGGCAUCUCGCGUUCGAGCUCAUGAGUCUGCAAAUGCCCGGUGCGGGCGAGGAGGAGAGCGCGAAGCAGAAGCAGGCGAGGGAAAUCGUCGAGGGCGUCCUGGGCCGCAGCUUCGCGGUCAAGCUCGCCACGGGCAUCAUCCAGCGCAUGAUGGGUGAGACUUUGGGCACUCUGUGGAAGCAGAAUACCGGAAGCGAUGACAUUCCUGGGACAUAUGGUCACUGGAUCCGGCACGGCAUGAUCUACUGGAACCAGAAGGAGAUACCCCCCGCCGUGAUUUUUGAACUGCGGCAGCCUUUGCGCGUCGGGCCUCUGCUCGUGAUGUUCUUGGCUCACUCGCUCAUGGCACCCGAUGUCGAUGUCGCGUUCAUGGAUGCGCUCGGGCUUUCCGAGUGGCACGCCAUCCGCCCCGGAAAGCCACCACUGUCGCUCUACGUGCGCGAGAUCACGUCCGUGUCCGCCACGUUCAUCCUCUCGUCCACAUUUUCGAGCGCGCGUUUUGGGCCGGACGAUGCGGACCCGUUCCUAGCCUCGCUGGGUCUCGCGGCGGAGGACGAGAAUGAAGAGGACGAGCGGGAGGACGACGAAACGGACGACUCGGGGUCAGGCGAGCCGAAGAAGACGUCUAUCAUCUCGGAGGCGCUGGCGAAGGGCCUUUCAGUGAAUGUUAACGGCACCGUCUGGAAAGGCGUCUACAUCCGCAUUGACGAGAAGAUUGACGAGGCGGUCAUUAUCAUAUACGGCCUCAUGCCGGGCAAGAAGUACGACAUCGACCUCGGGCUCGUGCAAGGCGGGCAGAGCAACAAUAUUCGAAGACAGGUUGUCACUGAUGACGGGGAUCACUCAAAGAGUGAAUCUGACUCAAGCAGCGAGUCUCCACUGCCGACGCCGUCCUCGUCGCCCGGCACCGCCUCAACAACACCGCCCCUCGCAGCGCCGCGGCCGCAGUUCACGCUCGAGGAUCGGCGGAGCCAGCUGCAGCACACGCUGACGCUGAUGUCGACCGAGCGCGACUCGUUGGCGGUGUCUCUCAAGGCCGCACGGCGGGAUGCACAGAAGGUGGACGCUGCGCUGCGCUCGGAGAUCGAGAUCCUGAAGCGCGCGUCGGAGAAGAACGCCGCCGCGGAGCACCGUGCGCGCCAGAAGGUGCUUGCGCUGCAGGAGGCGGCGAAGCGCGCGCAGGCUUCGACACGGGAGAUGGAGGAGCUGGUGCGCGAGCUCGAGACCGAGCUGCCGGACUUGCGGACCCAGCGCGCCGAGAAGGAGGCGGUGUAUGCCCGGCUGAAAGAGGACGCGGACAAGGCGCGCCGAGAGUGCGAGCGCAAGGCUGAGCUGGAGCGAAGGAGACAAGACGGCAUGAAGGGCGAGCUGACGAUGCUGAGCCACAAGAUGGACAAGGUCCAAGUGAAACGGGACAAGCUCGAAGGGACGGUCAUCCCCGAUCUCGAGGAUCAGCUGAGGGAUAUCGAACUGGAAAUCCAGCAUCUCGAGUCCGAUCCACUCGCGUACCCGUAUUCCCAAGACACCGCGGACGCCCUGGACGAAGCCGAUCAGCUAAACGCAUACAACCUCCAGUGGACACGACAGCAGCAGCAGCAGGUCCCAGGCAUCCUGACGCGGCCGUCCCCUAUACCAAUCCAGCGGCCAGGCCAGCCAGCCCCCAGCUCGAGCUUCCCGCAAUGGUCCACCGCUCCUCGGCACCAGCCGGCCCCGCGGAUGAUGGCGCAGGCCCCACAGCGACGUUCGUCGCUCAAGUCCAUGUUCGCUGAGACCGCGGCGCCGUCGGUGACGGCUGCGUCGACCUUGUCUAGCCGUGCAGCGCCGUUUGAGCCUGCGCGAUCGAGGACUGGGGGCGGUUCCGCGGUGUGGUCCGCCGCCCGGUCGCCCGGCAAAUGGUGAUGCCGACCGAUAGGGCCUUUUUGCGCGUGUGCUUGCGCUUGUAUCUAUAAUGUGUAGCCUAGUAAUUAUUGACGUGGUGUGUAUCGACAAUGCUUUCUGAAAUACAACGAGUAUACAUGCGGUGCGGGGAUCGCACACUCGC